UACAGUGGAGUGUCAGUGGUGUUUGGAUACAGUGAUGGAUGAGAGGCGUGGCCAUCCGAUGCGCGUCACUGUGGCUCCAUAAAGCAGGGACGGACCGUGCAUCUUCAGCACUUUUGUGCAGCCUGGCAGACGCUGUAAGCAGAGAUAGACAUCUGAUGAACAUCUGAACAGCUCAAGGUUGACACUGCGCGAGCUGAAGGUGAAAACAGAGGAGGAGCAAAAAGAGCAUAAAACGGAGAAGAAAAAGACAUCUGUGCUGUUCUCCCCUCUUGUCCAUGAUGCGGGACUCUGUCUUCAACUGCUGCGUUUCCCCACCCCAUCCCCCUGGAGGAGUAGAGGAGCACCACCAACAGAGAAGCAGAGCUCAGGCUCCGCCCCCUAACGAUAGGCGUUUCCUUAUAUUCUUUGACUUUGACGAGACCUUGGUGGAUGAGUGCAGCGACGACUCUAUGGUUACCGUGGCGCCUGGUGGAGCCCUGCCCGGCUGGCUGAAGGACACCUACCGUCCCGGCCGCUAUAAUGAGUACAUGCAGCGUGUGCUGGCCUACCUUGCUGAACAGGGCAUCACCCCGGCAGCUAUUCGAAGCACAGUGGAAAAGCUCCCUCCUUGCCCAGGCAUCCCCACUUUGAUGCAUUUCCUGCUCUCCCAGCCAUCAAGGGACUUUGAAGUCGUUUGUGUGUCUGACGCCAAUAGCGUCUUCAUCGAGACGUGGCUGCAGCACCUAGGCUUCCGCCCACUGUUUCUGCGCAUUUUCACCAACCCGGCUCACUUUGAUGACAAAGGCCAGCUGCAGCUUCAGCCCUUCCACUCCCAUGAGUGCCUGCGGUGCCCAGCAAACAUGUGCAAGGCAGUGGUGGUAAGGCAGUAUGUGGCCCAGCGCAUGCGUGAGAGAGGCGGACGGCCCUACCAGAAGGUUCUGUACGUGGGCGAUGGGGCCAAUGACUUUUGCCCAUCACUCACACUGUCACCGGGCGAUAUAGCGUUCCCACGCCGGGACUUCCCAAUGCAUAAACUGAUUCAGGAGAUGGAGGAAGCCAAACCUGGAGAGUUCAAGGCAAGUGUGGUGCCCUGGAACAGUGGAGAGGAUGUCAUCAACACCCUGAGGAAGAUAUUGGAGAGGCCCUAAAUAAGGCUCGAAAUAUGUUCACAGAUUUCUUGUUACAUUCCAAACUCUUGGCUUUGAGAAAUAUGCAUCAACUCAGUUCUGUUGACUGAAACUGCCAAACCGUUAAGGAUCUUUUAAUAAUAAGACCCGCAGUUGAUGACUGUGUGCGGUUCAAAUAACACUACUACUAACUGUAUUUUUAAAAUGUCAAGCUGCCUAAAAGCUUUGUGCACACCUACAGUAUAUUCAAAAUUACAGAUAUGAACAUAAAUAUAUAUGUGUAUGGUUUUAGACUUUUCUUUCUUCUGAUUGCAUUCACAUGAACACUGGCCAGUAGAGUUUCUCCCUAAAUGCAUUAUUACUAUUUUUUUUAUCAUACUUGUGGUGUCAUUCACACAUAAAUCCAAAUAUAGGCUAUUUGUUUUGUUUUUUGUAGUUUUUAAAUAUGCGAAUCUGAAAGGUGCCAUAAGUGAUUUUUUAUGUGAAGAAUACUAAAAUGAUCAUCUUCUAAAUGAGAAAUAACUUCAAAUUGUUAGUAUUCGCCACUGAAAUAUUGUACUGUAUGCUAUGGAUUUUAUUAGUAAACUUGAACCCAUCCUCUGUUUGCAGGAUGUGCUGAAGUUGUUUUAACCUGUGUUUGGUUGUGUGUUUGUUCCUGUUUCUUAUGCAAAGUCUGUGAACUUUGGAUGUGAUCUGAGAUAAAUGAACCUCACCAGCAUGGAUAUAAAGCCAUUUACUCAA